AUGACCAGGCAGGUCAUCCCCUUGCGAAAGGCGCUUCAAUUCCGUAACGAUAUGGACAAGUAUUUCGACAGACCAUCUGCAACCUCCAGACCAGCCCUAGGAGAGGCACUCUCCUCCCCCAUCGGUGAUUUGAACGUUUCCACGGCCACCUUGGAAGAGGCACCCUCAUCUUCGUCCGGCAGUAUUAGAUUAACCAACUCACAGAACUACCCCUCCGGGUCAGGAUCACGCCAAAGACCCUCCAGGAAUGGACGGAACUGUUCCUCAUCGGAGAACUGCAAGAGUUUUGACUCGAGGGCCACUUCGUACUGA